AUGAGCCAGAAAACGAACAAGUAUGAACAACUCAAAGCACCAAAAUUGCCAGAUGAUCCAGUUGCUGGAUUCAAGGGUGCAUCGUUCUCUUGGAAUCCAAACUCGGAAAAUGACUUUAAGCUUCGUGAUAUUUCCAUCGAUUUCCAGAUUGGAAAGUUGAACGUUAUUAUUGGUCCUACUGGAUCAGGAAAGACCUCGCUUUUGUUGGCUUUACUCGGAGAAAUGCACUUGACUAGAGGUGAAGUGUUUUUACCUGGCUUUAUUCCUCGUCACGAGCUUGUAAUUGACCCAAAUACUGGGUUGACUGAUUCGGUUGCAUACUGCUCUCAGUCACCUUGGUUGCUUAACGACACCAUUCGUAACAAUAUUUUGUUUUCUGCGCCUUUUAACCAAGAGAGAUAUACUAAAGUCAUUGAAGCUUGUGGAUUGAAGCGUGAUCUUGAAAUCCUUGCUGCUGGAGAUUCCACAGAAAUCGGUGAAAAGGGAAUUACGUUAUCUGGGGGACAAAAGCAAAGAGUGUCCUUAGCAAGAGCUUUAUACUCCAACUCGAAACACGUUCUUUUGGAUGACUGUUUGUCUGCUGUUGACUCCCAUACCGCUUUGUGGAUAUACGAAAACUGUAUUUCUGGGCCAUUGAUGAACAACAGAACAUGUAUCUUAGUGUCGCACAAUGUUGCCUUAACUGUUCAAAAGGCCGAUUGGAUUGUUGUGAUGAACAAUGGACGAAUUGAAAAGCAAGGAACUCCUCUGGAUUUGUUAGACAGUGGACAUUUGGGAGAAGAUGAAUUGGUGAAGUCUUCUAUUAUGAAUUCAAGAAAUCAAUCCAGUACAGACCUCAAAGGUUUGGAAGACAAGAAUGCUGACAUGAAUGCCAAGGCGAAUGCAAUUGAGGCCAAAUUAAAGGCAAUCGCCGGAGAAGAGACAGAAGGAGUGGCACCACACGACGGUAAGUUGACUGAAGAAGAAACCAAGGCAGAAGGUGUUGUGGACUUUAAAGUCUACAAAUGGUUCAUGGGAACUUUGGGUGGCUUCUUCACAUGGUUUAGAAUUCUCCUUAUGUUCGUUAUUUCACAGGGCACAUUUAUCUUUCAGUCUUGGUGGUUGAGGAACUGGUCGUUGCACAGUGAAAGUUCCGCUGAGAACUACUUGGCUUCAACCGUGAAUGCAUUGUCAGGCCGCACUAUUGGUGAUAUUAUUGGAGUCAGUAAUUUCCUGGUGGUUCGUGGAGCGAAUAACAUUUUCAUGCUUGGAAUCUCAAAAGCUGGAGGAGAUCCAGAAAAUACCGCCGUAUACUACAUUGCCAUUUAUGGACUCAUUGGAUUGAUUUACGGCGUCACUGCAUGUCUCAGAAUCUACGUUGUGUUUUUCGCUGGUAUCGAUGCCGCAAACAUGAUCUUUAAACAGGUACUUACCAACAUUCUUUACGCCAAAUUACGCUUCUUUGACAAAACACCUAUUGGUCGUAUCAUGAACAGGUUCUCCAAAGAUAUUGAAUCUGUAGAUCAGGAACUUACUCCUUGUGCAGAGGGUGUCUUUGGUUGUGUUGUCGCAUGUGUCUCCACCUUGAUGCUUAUUGCUGUAAUCACGCCUGGCUUUUUGUUCUUCGCAUUCCUCAUCGGAAUCCUUUACUACUUGGUUGGCUACUUCUACAUGUCAUUAUCGAGAGAGUUGAAGCGUUUCGAGUCAAUUACAAAGUCUCCUAUUCAUCAACACUUUUCCGAAUCGUUGACUGGAGUUGCUACCAUCAGAGCUUACGGAGUGGAAACAAGAUAUAUGAAGGAGAACUUGGCGGCCGUGGAUACCAACAACAGACCAUUCUUUUACUUGUGGGUAGCCAACAGAUGGUUUGCAUUCCGUAACGAUUUGGUUGGAUCUUUGGUUAUGCUCACAUCUGGUAUUUUUGUCCUUCUUUCUGUUGGAAAAAUUGAUGCUGGACUCGCCGGUUUAUCCAUGUCUUAUGCUAUCAGUUUCUCCGAAAAUGCCUUAUGGAUUGUGCGGUUGUAUGCCAAUGUUGAAAUGAACAUGAACUCGGUGGAACGUUUGCGUGAAUACUUGGUGAUUGAACAAGAAGAACCGGCUGAAAUUCCCGAAACUAAACCUAGAAAAUCCUGGCCUGAACGUGGUGAGAUUUCUGUUCGGGAUGUGUCUUUGAGAUAUGCUCCGGAAUUACCUCGUGUGAUCAAAAAUGUCACAUUUGAUGUUGAACCGAAUAACAAGGUUGGUAUUGUUGGUCGUACCGGUGCUGGAAAAUCUACAAUUAUCACAGCAUUCUUCCGUUUCUUGGAUCCUGAAACAGGAACCAUCACAAUUGAUGGUGUCGAUAUCAGUAAAAUUGGAUUACGUGACUUGAGACAAGCUAUAACAAUCAUUCCUCAAGACCCAACAUUGUUCACAGGAACAAUCCGGUCAAACUUGGACUUAUUUGAACAGUACAGCGAUGCUGAGAUCUACGAAGCUUUACGCCGUGUGAACUUGAUCUCUCGUGAAGAGUUGAACGAUCUUGAUGCUGCCAAAGCUUUGCAAGAAGGUGAAAAUGCAAACAAGUUUUUGAACCUCGAUUCACAAGUCAGUGAAGGAGGAGGAAACUUAUCGCAAGGUCAACGCCAGCUUAUGUGUUUGGCUAGAAGUUUGUUGAAGAGCCCAAAGGUGAUUCUCUUGGACGAGGCUACAGCUUCUAUUGACUACAAAUCCGACGCCAUGAUUCAAAACACCAUUCGUGAAGAGUUCGGCAACUCCACGAUCUUAACUAUCGCUCACAGAUUACGGUCUAUUAUCGAUUACGAUCGUAUCUUGGUCAUGGACGCUGGAAAGGUUGUCGAAUAUGACGAUCCUUAUGUGUUGAUUGCAGAUAAGAGCUCAUUGUUCUACAGUAUGUGUGAAAAUAGUGGUGAACUUGACGUGCUCACACAGCUUGCAAAGGAGUCUUUUGUUGCCAAAAAGAACAAAUCUCAAAAAUAA